ACAAAAGAUGGCCGACACUUUGGUGUUGGUAUGUAAACGGGAAAGGAAGUCAAAAAGAAAAAUGAAUCUAUGUGGACUACUGUUGACGAUAUUAAUUGUUCAGGAUCUUUUAUUGGAAUAUGUAGUGUGUACUUCACCAAAAUGUCCACAGGGAGGUUGUUCCGAGGGCAAGUGUGUCGGUGGUAAAUGUGAAUGCGAGAGAGGUUGGACAGGGGAAAGGUGUGAGAAGUGUUAUGGACGGAGAAGUUUUAAUGGCACAGAAGGAUCUAUAUAUGAUGGUGAGGGGAACUACACGCUGGACACCAAGUGCAGCUGGUUGAUAAACACCAACAGUAACAACACCACCAUCCGACUCAAGUUCCAUCAGUUCGCCACGGAGUGUGGCUGGGACCACCUCUAUAUACACGAUGGGGACUCGGCAUUCUCUCCCCUCCUGGCGGCCUACAGUGGUCUGCUGCUCACUAAAGACAAGGCCUACACAGAGGUGGACUUCAUCACUCGUAUACGCCAGCCAUACAUCUACAUCCACUUCUACAGUGACGCUGCCUACACCAUGGCCGGAUUUAACAUAUCAUACAGCAUUGGAGACUGUCCCAAGGGAUGCUCGGGGAAUGGGCAGUGUAAUAACGAGAUCUGUUCCUGCAAUGCCAACUGGACAGGAAGUGCGUGUGAGACGGCAAUGUGUCCCAACAGCUGCUCCAAUAACGGAACCUGUAUCAACGACAUCUGUGUGUGCGAUCCCGGUUACCGAGGUGAGGACUGCAGCCUGACCAACCAGGAUGGGGUGUGGUCCACUCUACAGACGAUCACUCCACCGGCAGGGUCAGCUUCCCACUCCGCCCUCGUUGACGACAAGACCAUGUGGGUCGUGGGCGGCUACAGCCUCAACGACUACAGCUACGAGAGUCUCAAGAAGUAUGACUUCAACAGUAACACCUGGAGCCCUGCUGCGGUGGUAGGCGAUGCUCCUCCCCCACGAUACGGACACUCUACUGUUCUGCAUCAGGACCAGAAGCUGUUUGUGUAUGGAGGUGUGGUGGACGGCAUCCCCGUCAGCGAGAACUGGAUGUACGACAUCACCGCCAAGACCUGGAGCAACCUGACAGCCUCCGAGUACCGCGUGUCUGGCCACACUGCCCAUUUGCAUGAUGGGAAGAUACACGUCAUCUUCGGAUACAGCCCUCUGUAUGGCUACCUCAACAAAGUACAGAUAUAUGAUAUUGCCAACGACUCCUGGAGCCUGGUGGACACAAUCGGUGCUUCUGUUCGAGGUGGAUAUGGCCACACCAGUGUGUAUGACCCCGAAACCAAGAAGAUCUAUGUGUUUGGGGGCUACAAGUCAGGGAGCCAGUCCAGCUACAACCUCACAGACAUGUUGUACUCGUAUGAUCCAGAAUUGAAAAAAUGGAUGAUCCUGAAGAACAGUGGGUCACCGCGCUAUCUACAUUCGGCUGUCAUCAUGAAUGGGCUGAUGUUGGUAUUCGGGGGCAACACCCACAACGACACGUCUGUCAGCUACGGCGCCAAGUGCUACUCCUCCGACUUCAUGGCCUAUGACAUCACAUGCAACACAUGGCACCACUUGCCUGAGCCGAGGCUGAAGGAUGAGAUCAGUAGAUACGGUCAGAGUAUGGUGGUCAAGGAUGGUUCCGUAUACAUGUUCGGGGGCUUCAGCGGUGUGAUGAGGAACGACCUCAUCAAGUUCGAACCAGGUGUGUGUGAUGCCUUCACCGACAAUAUCAGCUGUAACAGUGUGAUGUCUGGCGUGCGAUGUUCGUGGGAGGGCGGGGUCUGUGUGCAAAAGAGCCCCACCAGCUGUAAUACUUCACAAGCUGUGACUAUGGACUGCGAGGUCUUCACGUCGUGCCCAAGCUGUCUCGACACGGCCAACAACUGUUCGUGGUGUGAUUUCAAGUGUACCAAGGCAUGUGACAAGACCAAUCAGACUUGCAGCAAUUCCAAGAACUACGAUUGUGAACGUCUCAGCACAUGUAAUGCAUGCAUAGAAAACACGGCAUGUACGUGGGAAAAUCAAGCGUGUAACGUGAAGAACGCUCGACAGCUUGCAGAAGAAAUUGGCGCCAAGAUUAACAGUCCCCAGUGCCCCAUCCCGUGUUCAGAGCGCAAGGCGUGCAGCAACUGCACCAAGAACAACUGUAUGUGGUGCAGCAAUAUGCAGCAGUGCGUGGAGACCUACUCGUACGUCGCCUCAUUCCCCUAUGGCCAGUGCACCGAGUGGACAACCAAGGACAAGUGUCCAGCCACCACAUGUAAAGGUCUCAACUCGUGUGAGGAAUGCCAGGCCCACCCCAUGUGCGGCUGGUGCAACGACCCCAGCAACACCGGGCGUGGCAGGUGUAUGGAGGGCGGACGCCAGGGACCAGUCACCAAUGCCACUGACCACACUAUAGAUCUCGGCCAGUGCCCCAGGGAGCAGUGGUUCUUCACUGACUGUCCAAAAUGCCAGUGUAACGGCCAUAGUACCUGCCUCAAUGAAAGCAGCACCUGUGAUGAGUGCAAGAAUCUGACUACAGGCUCACACUGUGAAAAAUGUCAGGAUGGCUUCUUCGGGAGCCCCAAGAAUGGUGGCGAGUGUAAACCGUGUGAGUGCAAUGGUCAGGCGGACAGCUGCUCCCCUGACACCGGCGCCUGCUACUGUCGGACGAAGGGUGUGACCGGGGAGAAGUGCGACAGCUGUGACGACACCCACAAGUACUACGGCGACCCCAAGUCAGGAACCUGCUACUACCAGCUUGUGACGGACUACCAGUUCACGUUCAACCUGUCCAAGCCCGAUGACAAGUACUACACACACAUCAACUUCAUGAACAUCCCCAAGGCUAGCGACAGGGACGUGGACUUCACACUGAACUGUUCCGGGGAUGCCCUGCUCAACAUCACCUUCAAGUCCAAAUCUAUCCCCGAGGGACGGACCAUUGUGUAUCAGCGAGAGUGCUCAUACUACCGCAGCAAGUUUGAACACAAGGAUUACCCAUUCGCAGGCGAGGAAAACACAACAUUCCUGGUGUAUGUCUACGACUUCAAGACGCCAUUCUGGCUCCAGAUCUCCUUCUCCCAAUUCCCGAAGAUCGACCUGGUCCACUUCUUCGUCACAUUCUUCAGCUGCUUCCUGUCUCUCCUGCUCAUCGCUGCUGCGCUGUGGAAGAUCAAACAUAAGUACGACAGCUACAGACGACGACAGCAAAUGAUAGUCGAGAUGCAGCAGAUGGCUAGCCGCCCGUUCGCCACGGUAACGGUAGACGUCGACCGCAAGACGGAUCCGGAUAAGAAGGAUCAUAAAGAGGUCACGGAGCUACGCAAGAGGAAGAGGGGCGGGAGCAAGCCAGCAGCUGUAGCCCUGGAGCCUCUUCACAACACUAAGGCAGCCAUCUUGACCGUCAUCGUCCAGCUGCCAACAGGCUUUGAAGAGUACGCUCCUUGUGGUCAAUCCGGGAUAGCCAUGGGCAGUACUUUAAUAUCAUAUGGUAAUACAAGAAAACAGAGUGUUGAGCAUAUAAGAGGGGACCGAACCCGCCUACGCAAACACCCGCCGACACACCACACACAGCCCGAUGCCAGUGCCUAGAGUCAAAGCAGGUCUCUCGACAAGAACUCUCCGAUAACUACAGUAACUCUCUCUAACACCACUCUCUAACAGCAAAGUGGUAUAUUCGUUCUAAGACACAAAUUCUGACAGGACCAUAAGUUAUAGAUCAGAAGCCUACAUUAUAAGAGGAAGUUGUACCGACUGGGCUAGGUGAGAGAACCAGUGUAGUGCGAGGUUAAAGUAUUGGAACGUUAUGCCGAUACACUGGACCUUUUGUGUCAACAGGUGGGAUGUAACUGGAAUAUGGUAUAAGCAGCAUUAUAGGGUAGUAUCUGCCCAUUGUCGGAGGACAACUACCCAUGUAUUACAUAGAAACAAGCUGGGAGACGCCAGAGGCAUUGAGGACGUCUGCAGAGUCUGAAAUAUUGGCAAUUCUAUUUUCAUCACUUAUACAAAACCCAGAAUUAUAUAGUCACAAAAUACUUGUGAAAUGUACUGGCUACUCUUCCCUUCCUAUCCUGAACUCGUUUAUCGAGCGACAACAUAGGAUUGAAUAUAUCCCUUGCAAUGUACUGAUGUAGGUGAAGAUGGUUGCUACGUCACCGUGUCACGGAUGUAGGUUACGAUGACGGAUUUAACAGAGAGCCAGAAUAGAAAGACCCUGCUCUUCCAGGCUGUAAUUGAGUAUUGUAAACCUAUAGAAAGUGUGUUCUGUGUUGUGAUUGGCUAAUUUGGGUCACAUGACCAAAUGUCAAAGGGUGAAAAUAUGAUUUGCAUUCCCUGAAGCAAGCGACCGAAUCACUGUGUAGGAAUACAUAAUUACACAACUGUGAUAGCUCGCUGAGUUAAAGAGUGUGACAGUUCUUUUGCAAAUUGAAAUACAAAAUUAACAUUCAUAACAAAGAUUUUGAUUUUCUCUAUUCAUGGGAAUUAUUAAGAUUUUAAAAUUUUAAUUAAAAAAAAAUUAUAAUGAAAUAAUUAUCAAAAUCACAAUCACCAUAGCAACAACAGAACGUUCGAUGUUGACGCCUCACAACCGAGUUAGUACGAGGUUCUAAAGAGUGCGCAUGUUUUUUUCUAAAUAAAACAAUAGGUUUACAAUAUCGAUAAAUACUAUGUGUGUGUCACACACAUAGUAUUUUCUAAAUGCUCCCUGUCCAAGCUGCACAAGGUAAUCUUAGCGCUCUGAAUAUCAUAGCUGCCAUAUUUACAAAUCUUAGCGCUAAGAUCACUUUGUCCCAGUGGAUGCCCGUAUAUAUGUAGCUUUGUCACCGUCACCGUCCUGUAAGAGAGGUUUCCUUAAUAACAGGGUCUGUACUUACAGGGUAGGAACUAUCAUGGAUUAUCGCUUGACUCCCAAAGAUUCGUUAGAAGAGAGAUGUAAAAGAAAUUGUUCCAUUGCGUGUAAAUAUUUUGUCAUGGAGAGUUCCCCAGAGAGGCCCUUGUAUAUUGUUGUCUAUGUUCACACACAACUGAUGUAUAUAAGUAGAUAUAGACGUAAUGUAAAUACAUGCUGGACCCUGGUCCUCCAGCCUGUGUUGUGUGAGGGUAGUCGGCUACACCAAUGUCAGGCCUCAAGUCUCGGCUUGUUCAAUGUCAUCUUUGUACUAAGACAAUCAAUCUUCCCCUACUUUAACACAGACUUACGGUUGUUUUCCUACUGAGAUUGCUUGUUGAACUGUGCCCUGGGUCUUAGCGUUUCGCAACGUCCGUGUUACGGUAUGGAAGUUGUGACGGUUGACAUUAAGAUUCCUUUGUGGAACACGACCCAGGAAGCUAUAGUAUAGAAGCCAGGUUUUAUGAUCUUUGACUUUAAGAGAUUGUACGUCCAGUCCUUUGACACAAACCUAUGAUAGUUAUACCACUAAGAUUACUUUUUUGACAGCUCUCUGGGUCUUAGCACUUCGCCUGUCAUAAGUCUGUGUUAAUGUAAGGGAGUUUUGCCGUUGACAUGCUAAGAUUGGACCACUGAGACAGUACUUUGUUGACAGCUCUCUGGGUAUUUGCUUUUUGCUGUCAUAAGUACGUGUUGAAAGUUACAAUCUUUGUGUAAGAUCACUUUCUGUGAGUUGAAGCCAUCUGACACCAGACUCUAUCACAAGUAGAGACUUCAGAUCCAGAUGUUGAUCUGUUUAUCAGAAGCACUUGUCCAUCCUUGAAAAUGAAGGUUGUCACGUAGCUCAGUAGGUCAUGUGUGUCCAUGUCUCGCAUAGAUCUGGGUUCUAAUCCUGCAGCAGGGCAACAUGUCUGGUGCCCCGGAGGUGUGCUGGAUCUCAGAGGCUGAGAAGGUCUGAAUCCCUGCCCAAUCUCAUCCCCCCAGGAUGCUGACCCUCACACAAUACAGGACUGUAUGGGGACCGUUGUGCCCUCAGAUAACACUGUCUCACCUUCCAUUCCACAAGUGAAGCUUUUUCAAUACAAUAAUGUUUGUGACUUGGUUAAAACUGUCCAAAAACAACAUCCGAGCCUCCUUCCACAAAGCGAUCUUAGUGCUAAGGCAAUCUCAUAAUUUAACAUAGACUUAUGAUUAUCGUAGCGCUAAGAUCGCUUUGUGGAACGGGGCCCAGGUCCACAUAGUGUUGUAGAUAUAAUUUUGUUCUAAUUGAUGAAGACUUAGUAUGUUGUUUUUAUUCUUCCCUUUGAAUCAGCUAUAAUAAGGUUCGGUGGGUUAGUCUAGUGGUUAAAGUGUUCGCUCUUCACGCUGAAGACCCGGGUUCGGAUCCCCAUGGGUAUAUUGUGUGAAGCCCAUUGGUGGUGUCCCCCUGCCGUAAUAUUGCUGGAAUAUUGCUAAAAGCAGCGUUAAACCAUACUCACCCACUCACUUGAAUCAGCUAUACUCACAGGAGCCAUUAAUCAGAGAUAGUUUCUUCGAAAUUAAAUCAAUGUUAUUCCCUAGUCUAAACAGUUUUUACAUUUGCCUUGUUCCUUGCAAAUGAGAUACACACCUAAUAUAAAAAGGGCAUGAGUUCACUAGUUGUCUAAGCUAAAGAGUUGUGUCCCUUAGCCAUGCCAGGAGUUGAUGAUCGUUAAACAUUAUGCUGACAUGUGAUUAGAACACAGCAGUCAUGUACUGGAGAAGCUUCAUUUGCGCAAGUAUUGGAGUUGUGACACAAACCUAAAUGUACACUAACACAAAUCUGUGAUGAAUAUUGUGAAUAUGUCAAAUGUACAGUUUUAGUUGAAAUCACUUGUCCAUGUAUAUAACACUCCAUAAUCAUGUUUACAUAUGACCAAAAACAUAACUAUAUUAUUUCAUUUGGUUUCCUGAUGUUGAUUCAGUGGCUGCUUAAGUCAUUAGUCCUCCUUGUAUGCACUCUACAUUGAUGUUUCUCCACAUUAUACAGAACAGCUGCAUAUCUUAAUGUAUUUCAAAAUACUUCCAUACACAAAUAGGGGCGGUCGGGUAGCCUAGUGGUUAAAGCGUUCGCUCGUCAACCCGAAGACCCGGGUUCGAUUCCCGACAUGGGUACAAUGUGUAAAGCCCAUUUCUGGUGUGCCCCGCCGUGAUAUUGCUGGAAUAUUGCUAAAAGCGGCGUAAAACCAUACUCACUCACUCACUCAUAAUCAUGUUUACAUAUGACUAAAAACAUAACUAUAUUAUUUCAUUUGGUUUCCUGAUGUUGAUUCAGUGGCUGCUUAAGUCAUUAGUCCUCCUUGUAUGCACUCUACAUUGAUGUUUCUCCACAUUAUACAGAACAGCUGCAUAUCUUAAUGUAUUUCAAAAUAUUCCCAUAUACAAAUAGGGGCGGUCGGGUAGCCUAGUGGUUAAAGCGUUCGCUCGUCACCCCGAAGACCCGGGUUCCAUUUCCAACAUGGGUACAAUGUGUUAAGCCCAUUUCUGCUGACCUGCCGUGAUAUUGCUGGAAUAUUGCUAAAAGCGGCGUUAAGCCAUACUUACUCACUCCAUGCACAAAUGGAUGUCAAGGAUCUCUGUUCUAGUGAGGGGUUUUAAUUACUAAUAACUAUUAAUUUACUACCCUAUGUAAGUGGAACAUCAUUGUCUUCUAAAUACGAGGGGAGGUGGGAUAGCCUCAUGGUUAAAGCGUCGGCUUGUCACGCUGAAGAUCCAGGUUUGAUUCCCGACAUGGGUACAAUGUGUGAAGCCCAUUUCUGGUGUACCCCCUGCCGUGAUAUUGCUGGAAUAUUGCUAAAAGUGGCUUAAAACCAUACUCACUCACUCUUCUAAAUACAAGUUUUGUAUAAAAGACAUUGCUUUCUUUUUUAAAAAGCAGAAAUUUGUAUUUUGUAGAUCCUCAUUCUCAUCUAAAAAUGUGUGGUACAGGCUACGUGAGUGUGUUGGUGACACCACCCUAAACACAGGUCAUUGGGCUUUUAAGUUUAAAUCCUCAUACAGUGAAACCUCUUUAAUCCGGACACCACUGUUCCAAUUUUAAUUCUAUAAUUUCCAAAUCACUGAAUGAUUGUUACAAUCAUUCAGUGAUUUGGAAAUUAUAGAAUUAAAAUUGGAACAGUGGUGUCCGGAUUAAAGAGGUUUCACUGUAGCAGGGUUUCCAGAUUAUGAAGGUUUUAUGAAGAUGGGAUCACCUGUAUCUUUUAUACAUCCAAAUAUUACAACGACUUACACAGUAUAUGGCAUCAUGUAUUCUCUUGUGCUGGUAAACACCUGUUUUUGUUUGUAAUUCUGCAUGGGAGAUAGUGCCACGUGACUUUCACAGCAACUGUAAGAAUGUUUUGGUGGGUUGAAACACAACCAGCCAGUUGCACCUUAUACAGUGGAACCUGUCUAAACUGAAUACGUGGGACAGAAAGUUUAGGCUGGUUUAGACAGAGGUCGGAUUACUGAGAUUGAAACACGAUAAAAUUGUGAAGUUGAGUUGAGGUUGAAACAAACUAUUCAUUGCAGAUGGAAAUUGAGCUCCAUACAUGUGGUCCAGUUUUGACAGGUUUCACUGUACUAAUAACGGCUGAUAGGAUUUUCACAUCACAUUUUUAGUCGGCCAGGAGUCGAGGCUGGGAAUAUCAACCUGCAUGUUGGAGAAACCGUGCAGGAUGUAAUGCCAUGUUUUUAUAAAGAUGUUUGUGUAGCUCUUGGAUAUGCAGAGCAGUACUAACACAUUGGAUCAUCAAUAACUUACCAGUGAGAGAAACUGUAUCACAUCCAUUUACCAUAUUCGCCCUAAUAAGCCCCCCUGACAACUUCUAGCAAGGGUGGAUCCAACAAUUUUAAAACUGAUGGGUCCAGAUUAUCAAAAUCCUCUCAGAUAAUUUUACUGUCUACAGCAUACUACAUUUGGUUUUCAAAGAGGGGGGGACCUCCUGGAUCUGCCUAUGUCCAGGCAAAUCUAUACGGAAUCUUCAUAAGCUAAAUGACCAGAAUACAUAUGACCAGUCAGUCCUUUUUUUCAUGUGUAUAGUACAGAUACAUUUUUUUCACAGAAAACAUCAGUGCUGAAUGGGUAUAUUAAUGCCUUGUAACUAUUUUCUAAAAUGUUUCAGUUGAAUCAAUUUAUUAACCAAGUUUGUUUACUUAUUUUACGAGCGGUGUAUGGUUUUGUUAAUUUUCGAAGCAGACAGGUCCCUUUUCACAAAGCUAUUGUGGCGCUAAGACGAUUGUAAUCCUCAAACAUUAACAGACAUAGACAUAUGACUUUCGUAUUGCUGAUGUCGCUUUGUGGAACGGGCCCCAGGGUAUUUAUUAUUGUGAAUAUGGUAGUUGGUCAUGCUCAAAUAGUUCUGUAUCAUUUUAGUGGGUGCUUCUGACGAGUGAAUAGCUGUAUCAAUUCUUCUUCCUUGGUAAUGCUGAAAUGUGUUAUUAUUCAGCGCUUUGUUCAUAGGCUUAGUGAGGAUAGUCAGAAUUCUAGUUCCUGUGAUAAUAUCGGAUUCUUAACACUGCAAGUAUUUGAUUUUGUGAAUCUCGAGGCAAAUUGGUGUCUCGGUGUAUAGAUUAUAUAUCUCUGAUAAUCAGAAAGUCUCAUCUUGUACACUGUAAAACUAUAUGAGACAACAUGUAUAUUUAUCGGUUUAUGAAGUAUUGAUGUGUAAGCUUCAAAUCUAUUAUUUUUCGUAUGAGAAAAGUCAUUUUGUGAUCUGUAUGCUUAAUCAUUAAUGUGGAACAUUAGUAAAAUAUUGCAAUCUUGCACCAUUUCCGUGUUACGUUAAACCAUGAGUCUCAGCUUUUUUUGUGAAAAUUUCAACUGCAAUUUAAAUGUGUAUUUUUAUAGAACAUUGUGACUAUGUUUUACAUUGUGUGUGAUACAUAACGUCAUUUGCCAUACUGAAAAUAUUCACAAGCAACCAAUCGACAUUUAUGAAUUAACGUGUCCUGUUCAGGCUUACUCUAAAACGUUCAUGUACUUGUACUGUAACGCCAACCACAAGUUUAACAUGGUCGUAGUUUCCCAUUACCCUUGGUAUAGAAAUGUUACUUAACAUUACAACAGAGUCCUUGAUUGCUACGCAAAAUGUUCUGUUAUUGGUACAAUGUGUGAAGCCCAUUUCUGGUGUCCCCCGCCGUGAUAUUGCUGAAAUAUUGCUAAAAGCGGUGUAAAAUCAUACUCACUCACCCCAAAUGGUUCUAAAAUUGUGAAGUUUAUGUUUUCACGGACAUAACCAGCUGCUCAAGGCAUUACCUUCUUGCACGAAUGGCCACAGAAGCCAGGGUUGACCUUGAGACAAAUUCACCCCUGAGUUGAGACUACAAUGCUGUUUAAAAUUAAGUACCCUUAACUGGCACAUCAAAUACUUGGUUGUGAUCAUGUUUGUACACUAGUCAAAACUAACAUCCAAUAAGUGUUGCAAAGGGUUUUUUGCACGAUAUUGUGGGAUGUUUAAACAGAAGAGUAUUUCAUAAUCAAUUCACUAAGAUUGAAUGAUUUGCUCAGAUUUUGCAGAGUUAAAAUUUUUGCUCCAUGAAACAAUCAUUUCUGUAAUAAUACUUUUGACAGUUUCCAUGUCAGGGGUGUCUUCUAAUUGGCCAUUUUACUGUUAGCUUGCUGUGCAAGUUCUUCAUACUGAUAGGGGCGGUCAGGUAGCCUGGUGGUUAAAGUGUUUGCUCGUCACGCCGAAAACCCGGGUUUGAUUCCUGACAUGGGUACAAUGUGUGAAGUCCAUUUCUGGUGUCCCCAGCCGAGAUAUUGCUGGAAUAUUGCUAAAAGCGGUGUAAAACCAUACUCACUCACUCGCUCUUCAUACUGAUAAGAUGAGGUUCAGUCUUGUAACCCCCACAAAAAAUUCAAAUGUUUUGUCUGUAAAAUGUUAUUUCUCCAACACAAUAUGUUACCAUUAUGUGGCAUGGUGUCGUGGUUAUCAGUUGUGUAUAUGAAGGAUAAUAGCUUCUAUUUUGAUAUGUUGACAGUAAACAAUGCCUGUUCUGAAGGUUGUGCAAGGUUUGUGCCCAUUAAAUCAAUAUCCGGUCAUAGCUUCUUUCACUGCUACUGUGUAAGCUACUGUCCAUAAGGUAUAUGGCUGGUCCAAGGUGUCACAAUGCAUUGUGCAGAGUUGCAUCCCUUGGCUGCACCAGGAUGUACUGGUCAUGUCUCUGUCAGUACAAUGCACAUGCUCCUGGGUUUCGACAAAGUGGUAAAAUACAUACCCCGCAUCACUUCUUGCUUUUUUCUCGUGAUAGGACUGAAAGUGUUCAAAGCAGCCAUAAAUGCAACUCACACACUCCUUUAGCCAGACUGCUGUGAAUGGAUAAGCCACACCAGGUAUGGGCAUUGUUUACUGAAUGUGGGAAUUUAAUUGACUUGUGGCUUCUUGUAAUGUAUUAUGUUUGUUAUGGUGAGAUAAUGGGAAGAAACAGAAAUUUAUUAUCAAGAUAAGGACAUUUCCAUUGUAGAUCAUUGGUUGAGGUGACAGACAUCUGGUGUUAGACCAGCACACAAUAACUUCACUUUGUACAGUACUGUAGCAUAUAUGGAUGCACUAGAAUAGAAGAAAUCAAAAUUAUUUUGAACUUUUGAACAGUACAAGCUCAACUAUAUAUAUCCUAUGCAUUAACAUUCAACAUCUUGGUUGUGAAGAACAAUCUAAAGCUGUUUUGACAGCCCCCUCCCCAAAUAAUGUGGCAUAUUAGCAAUAUGUAUUAUACAGCAAGGCUUCAGAUCUUAAAUCCAAGAUGGCCGACUGAAAGCCAUUUUGAAAUCUGUCCACGUCCAACUGUGGUAUUCAGCCUUAUUUUCAUUUAGGUCCUAUGACUUAUGUAUGAUGUAAAUAAGAAAUGUAUAAUAGAGAAAUUAAGUUCUUAUCUGUAAAAUAUAACCAUCAUGUGUUUAUGCUACUGUAUCUAAACAGUACACCACUGAUAUAAAAAUGACAAAAAAGGAAUAUUUUUUGGCUUCAAAUUGAAAAAAAAUAGUCGAAGGCCAGAAUUUGUUGUGACCCGAAUUUUCAAAAUGAGUCGUUACAUUCUGGACUCAGAGCGAAUGUUUUGAUGGAAAAUUGUAAGGGUUGGCCUCACAAGUGUCCCGGAAUCUUUUCUGCCUCCCUGGAAAAUAUAUGUAUGUAAAUUAGUUUGAAUAUUGUUGGAGGAGAAAAGAUUCAGGAUGUAUACAGACCACAUGUACAUUUAGUUUGAAUCGUUACUUUUUCAACUCGCGCAAUUGUUUGACUUUUUUAUUGCCAAAAUAACAAAAAAUAAAACAGACCCAUUUUCCUAAAAACUGAAUAUCUUGCUUCAAGAGAGUAAAAAAACAUGCUCCAUAAGCAAUUAUCAUUUCCUUAUAAAAGUAUUACUGUAACUUUUGAGACCACCCCUGAGCGUUGAGAUGAUUGUUUGCCUAGAGAGGCGCCUGUAAGCUAUAAUUGUGUAUGUGUGCAAUCACUGUAUGAAUGUGAGAAUCUCCAGUAAUGAUGUUGACUUGUUUGUUAAAUAAACUAAAUGAUUAACAGCGA